AACGUGCCAGUUGCCACUUCGCAACUGGAGAAUGACAAGAUUCUCUCCGAGUUCGAUGUCCAAAAGGAAGAGAUGAAUCCUGACGUAUUACUUCGGGAUGCUACCAAUAAUCUAUCGCUGCGCGCAGUAAAUCCAGUGAAUGUGAGAGUAAGCAAAUUAUCGCUUGAUAUUGAUACAUCACCCCCGCUAUGGGAGUCUCCUUUACAAUUCUGGCAUCACCUCCGCGGCCAGAAAUUAGAAGGAGCCUCGAAGCGCGUUUUGGAUCGCGUGAGUGCGACCAUGUCAAGUGGCAGCUUGACAGCCAUUAUCGGUAGUAGCGGAUCUGGAAAGACCUCUCUACUUAAUUUGAUGGCGUCUCGCAUGUCACUGGCCCGAGCAAAGAUGUGCGGGGGAACGACUUUCAACGGAUACGCCGAUACCAGGAAUAUGCGCAGUGCCUAUGUCAUGCAGGAUGAUGUCCUCAUUCCAACUUUGACAGUUCGUGAAACACUUCAGUACUCAGCUGAUCUCCGACUGCCACCACCGACAACGCAAGAAGAACGCCAUCAUAUUGUUGAGCAGGUCAUCUUAGAGCUCGGGCUUAAAGAGUGUGCUGAUACAAGAAUUGGAACAACUGCCCAUAAGGGAUGUAGUGGUGGAGAGAAACGACGUACCAGCAUCGGUGUACAAUUGUUGGCAAAUCCGUCCGUCAUCUAUUGUGACGAAGUUACGACUGGAUUAGAUUCGACGACAGCUUUUCAAAUAAUCCGUACCCUGAAGAAUCUUGCACGGGAUGGCCGCACUGUCAUUGUUUCAAUUCAUGCUCCACGGUCUGAGAUCUGGACUCUUUUCGAUAAUGUGAUUCUUCUCGCUCGGGGCUCUGCGCUGUAUAGUGGCCCAGUGAACGACUGCUUGCCAUAUUUCGAAAAAUUAGACCACAUAAUUCCGCCAUUUGUGAAUCCUGCAGAAUUUCUGAUUGAUUUGGCUGCGAUAGAUAGUCGGACUGAAGCUUCGGAAGCUGCAUCUCAUGUCCGGGUUGAAAUCCUUCGGCAGAAAUGGCAAUCGCGAGAUACAAAAGCAUUGACGGAAGCAAAUGAAAAGGAAGAGAGGGAGGAGAAAGAAGGUACUUUGUCGCCUUUACCAAAGAGGGCCGAGACGGGCAGAAUGAAAAAAGUUUCUUUUCGACGGCAAUUCAGCGUCUUGACAUCGCGAACCUUCAAGACGACCAUACGAGACCCAAUGGGUGUUGCUGGUAGCUUGAUCGAGGCUAUUGGCAUGGCAGUGAUCAACGGCUGGAUCUUCUUGCAGCUCGAUGAAAGCCUCUCGGGAAUUCGUUCACGAGAAGGAAGUCUGUACACGGCCAGCAGUCUCAAUGGUUACCUCAUAUUGCUCUUCGAAACAUAUCGAUUAACCAUCGACAUCCAACUUUUUGAUCGUGAGCGCAAUGAAGGUGUAGUCGGUGUACCAGCAUUCCUACUCAGUCGACGUGUCGCUCGUUUUCCCCUCGAAGAUCUACCCGUGCCGCUGAUAUUUUCUAUUAUUUUCUAUUUCAUGGUUGGCUACCGUCUUGACGCAGCACAAUUCUUCAUUUUCUUCGCGCUCAACCUACUCACACAUUAUUGUGCUGUAACUUUCGCUGCAGUAGCAAUCGGCGUGACAAGAAACUUUCCAGGAGCUAGUCUGGUUGGAAACUUAUCAUUUACACUGCAGUCUUUUGCAUGUGGGUACUUUGUCCAGGCGAACCAGAUACCAGUUUACAUGCGAUGGCUGAAAUGGUGUGCCUACACCUUUUACAUCUUUGGUGCCUUUUGUGCGAAUGAGUUUAUUGGGAUCAAUGUCAAUGGCUCUGAACUCGGCCACUUCUAUGCCUGUCCAUAUUCUGACAACCCGAAUGAUCCCGCGUGCAAGGAAUACACUGGUAAGUACAUUAUGGAAAGUCUAGGUAUGCCAUCAGACUGGAUUUGGCGACCAAUUGUAGUGUUGAUUGCCUUUGCAAUUGUUCAGUAUACGGCUGCUGCAAUACUGCUACAGUAUAAUCGCUUUGCUAUCAAUGUUGCUCAAGCUAGAACAUCAGAGGGCGCGCAACCUACAAAUAAGGCUAAGAUCGCCAUUCGUCAGACUGAAGAAGCUCGGCUAGUGGCGGUCUCGCUGGAUAAAUAUGCUCUAGAGGUGCGAAAACGAAGACUACCCUGGAGAUCUUCCCGAAAGCUUCAAAUUCUGCAGCCCAUCACUGCAGAGUUCCACCCAAAACAGAUGAAUGUGAUUAUGGGGCCCUCCGGUUCUGGAAAGACGAGCCUUCUGAACUCACUUGCCCACCGAUUCCAAGGAUCUAUGAACAGUCAAUACCACGUGGAAGGUCAAAUGCUAUACAACGGGGCCGUGCCAUCGGAAAAUGUGAUUCGCUCGGUGACUUCGUUUGUGACACAAGAUGAUGAUGCUUUAAUGCCAUCUUUAACUGUUCGCGAGAGCUUGAGGUUCGCAGCAGGGCUACGGCUCCCGAAUUGGAUGUCGAAAGAGGAUAAGAAUCGACGGGCAGAAGAGAUUCUUUUUAAAAUGGGCUUGAAGGAGUGUGCUGACAACCUCAUUGGCAGUGAAUUGAUUAAAGGGAUUAGUGGCGGAGAAAAGCGGCGAGUCACAAUUUCCAUCCAGAUCCUCACUGAUCCUAAGAUCUUAUUACUUGACGAGCCAACUUCUGGAUUAGAUGCAUUCACGGCCAUGUCCAUUAUUGAGGUCCUACAAGGUCUUGCAGCUGAAGGCCGCACCUUAAUUAUGACUAUUCACCAGUCACGCUCGGACUUAUUCUGCCAUUUCUCGCAGGUCCUGUUACUGGCCAGAGGUGGUUACCCUGUAUAUGCAGGACCAGGGCAAGAAAUGCUCCCCCACUUCUCAAAAUUAGGUAAUGAGUGCCCACAAACAAUGAAUCCGGCAGACUUUGUGCUAGAUUUGAUCACUGUUGAUCUGCAACAGGAAGAUCGAGAAGCUACCACGCGCAAGCGUGUUCAGCACCUCAUUUCCAGUUGGUCUGAUAUAACUCCUGAACUCAAACGUACCACCUCUCAGAUCGCAACACCAGCCGAGCUGGGUAGUCUGCGACGCCACAUGUUGCCCUUUCGUGUUACAUUUCCGUUGGUGCUACACCGAUCUCUAAUCAACUUUUGGCGCCAACCACCGCUGGUCAUGGCGAGGUCGAUGCAGAUAUUAGGAAUUGCUAUCAUUAUGGCGUUAUUCUUUGCGCCACUCAAGAAUGAUUAUGCCGCUGUGCAAUCACGUAUGGGGUUCAUUCAGGAAUUUGCCGCACUAUACUUCGUUGGCAUGCUCCAAAAUAUCGCGAUUUAUCCAAAUGAGCGUGACGUCUUCUAUCGAGAGGAUGCGGAUAAUUGCUAUUCAGUGGAAACAUUCAUGCUAUCGUACACAGCGAUCGAGAUUCCAUUCGAGUUCCUUUCCGCACUGGUGUUUGGUGCACUCGCCGCAUUCGCAGACAACCUCAAGCGCACAGUGCAGAUGUUUCUCAUCAGUGCAUUCAAUUGUUUCUGCAUCAUCAACUGCGGAGAAUCCGUUGGAAUCAUGUUCUGUACUAUUUUCUCUCAUGUCGGGUUCGCCGUGAACGUGACUUCUAUUCUGCUAUCCAUCUCGUCAAUUCUCGGUGGUGUGAUGAGCUUAGAUGUAAAUGAUGUUCUACAGGGUCUAAACCAUCUCUCGCCGGUCAAGUACGCUAUUGCCAACCUGGCGCCUUAUUCAAUGUACGGUCAGCAUUUCGACUGCACAGCUGUUGAGCGGCUGGCGAAUGACAAUUGUCCCAUCAAUUCUGGUGAAGAGGUGCUUGCGCUCUACAACCUCAACACGAACGGACCAAUGAAUGUUAUGGCUUUGGGAGUUUGCACUAUCAUCUACCGAGCUGUUGCCUAUGCGCUACUCAAAUUGAUGAAAUCCAAUAAUUUGAUGGAACGAUGGCAUGAAUGGCGCCGUUCUCGCAAUAGUACUUGA